CCACUGUGCGCUGGUGCUACCAUCCACGCCGCGAACCCAAGCGGCAACCGAACCGAGACAUCGGGGAAGGAAAGGAAAGCAGGCGCUGGCACGCAGAAACCCCGCAAAAACUAGCCAUUUCUGCCCAAAUUCCGGUGUUCCAGCGGGGAGCGCACGCCCCCACCACUGGCUCCGGGAUUCAAAGCCCCGCACCGCUCCCCGGGCGCUUCGCUUCCCUUGCCUCGCCUUGACCGGGCUCGGGUGGGCGAGCGGCGAGGCGGGCUUGGUCGAGUUGGUUGGUUGGUUAGCGCGGGGGAGGAGGGGAUGGAGGGGAGGGUGCUGCGGCGCAGCGUGACGCUGGCUGACCAGCUCGCCGCGGUGGGGCCGGCGGUGGCGGUGGGCCCCGCAACCGCCGCGGGGUCGUGCAACCUUCGCGACCUGCUCAAGCUCCGCGACGAGGACGACCUCGCGGCCGGGCGCCGGGCGGCGGUCACGCUCGCUUCCGCCAUGGCCGCCGAGAGGCAGAUCUCGUUGCCGGCGUCGUCCUCCGCCGCCGCCGCCGCCGCCGCCGCGGCCCGCACCCUGUUCGACAUCAUCCGCGAUGACCAGCCUCCUAGCGCGGGCGCUGGGGCCGGUGACCCCCUCGUCCGCCGCGCGGUGCCCCUGCCCGCCCCGAGCACGACCUCCCCGCCGGCGUCGACCUCCGCUGAGGCCGCGGAUUCUUCUCCUCCUGCGGAUCCGCCGAGCCAGCUGCCCGCGGCGGAGGAGGAGGAGCAGGGGGAGAGGGUCUCCCUGAUGGCGCUGCUGGAGCAGACGGACAGGCAGUGGCGCGCCGGCGCCGGCGCCGGCACUGCCACGGCGCGCGAGGAGGAUUUCCCGGCGGCGGAGGCGCUGCUGGAGGUCGAGGACGACGCGGAGCCGGAGGCGGCGGGCAAAGGGGUGGUCGCCGGGUGCUGCUGCGUGUGCAUGGCGCGGGCCAAGGGCGCGGCCUUCAUCCCGUGCGGCCACACCUUCUGCCGCGCAUGCGCCCGCGAGCUCCUCGCCGGCCGCGGCCGCUGCCCGCUCUGCAACGCCGCCAUCGUCGACGUCCUCGACAUCUUCUGACCCCACACCCUCAGCUCGCCGCCGCCGGCGCUGCCGGCACCUCGUCCGGCGAAAUGCGGUCGCCGCGCGCGCAAAAACCGCCUCGGAUCGGCUAAUCGGGUGCGCCCGCGCCGCAACCGAGAUAGGAUUCAGACGCCAGACAUAGAUAGAUCUCUCCGCCCAUCUCUUCUCUGCCCAGCUCUUGUGUUAUUGUGAAAAGAUUAGAACUUGUUCGACUUUAAUUUGAGUGCCAUAUCAUCUGUUGCAACUUGCUGCAAGAGACGAACUCAACAUUUCGGUGUUGCGCUGCAUAUU